UCACACAACUCUUCGUUCCUCUGACAUGUCUUAGUGGUAAGGACAAGAUGGUUUUUGAGACGUUCCAUGUCGCCGUCGCAGCGUCUUCGUGCGCCAUUUGGCUGGCCGUCUUCAGGCUCAGUCACAAGCUUUUCCCUUGGCUGUCUCCGUCCUACAGGGGUAUUUCCAAGAACAGGCGACAUGUAGUGGAUGACAGUUUCAAGGCGGUGGUGUAUGGCUGUUUCGCCGGUCCUAUCGCCUGGUAUGCCUACAUCUGUGUCGAGAUUCCACCAGAGGCCGUCUGGCUCGAUGUGCCACUUGUGAGGUUUCUCUCUGCACUCUAUAUGGGCAGCAUACUCGCACAACUGAUAGUGACGAUAGGCUACCCGUACGCCAGCACAACAGACUUCAUCCUGUACAAGAUGCACCAUGCGGUUUCGCUCUAUUCUACAUACAUCGGGGCGAAAGUCACACCGUGUAGCGCCAUGGGGUCCGGUUCGUCCUCCCGGGCAGCGAAACAGACAAACGUACAACCAGCUCCCAGCUCCCACCAACCUGUCUACUCACCUGUACCUCAAUAUGCUCAGCCCGUCCCUCAGCAGCAGAUGUACUACCUGCAGCAGUGGCCACCGCCCGGAACCCCGCCGCACGGGGGGCAGCAGUGGCCGCCGCCUGGAACACCGCCACAUGGAGGGCAGGCGACGCCCCCUCCUCCCAUACAGUGGACAGACGGUGACCGGUGUCCCCGUGUCCUGGACGGGCCAGACUACCUGCCCAGCGUCCCUGAUGACGUAGCCGACAGCUGGAAGCUCACCUGCAGGAUGUGCAGUCUCCACAUGAACGACGAGAUAACCCAGCGGAAGCAGACCACGCCGGAGGGAAUGCUCACGUACACUGUACAACGUCAUGGUCACGUGCCCAUGCACGUCAUCCACACGCCCAAACCCUACUCAGACAAGACAGCCUUCACAGAACUGGACAACCACGCCAUCAAGGCUCCCACCCAUCUGAACAACGACUUUAACCGAUUGGUGCCCUACCUGGUGCAGCCAGCGCGCACCGAGCUGCAGAAGGUGCGGGUCCUGUUCCGCUGGGUCUCCGCACAGAACGUCAGCAACAUGCCCCUCCCCGACCAGCCGGCGGAGAACACUCCCGACUGGUACCUCAAGCAGAUCCAGCGGAAAAAGACCUACUUGUACCCUGUUCUCUUCCUAAACCUGUGCAGACAUGCAGGCCUGAUGUGCAGCUACGUUCGUGGUUACGCCAAGAGCGCCCGACUCUUCCCCGGGACGAAGUACGUUGGAACAGACCCGAUGGGUACGUGGACCGUGGUGCGCAUAGACGGGUGCUGGGGCUUCGUGGACUCUCACUGGGGGUCCUUCUCAGUCAUCGACGACGACGACGAUAAAGAGUUAGAAGACCUGCAGUCCCAGAUCGCCAUUGACGAGUUCUACUUCCUUCCCAACCCUCUGCACUACCUGAGCUCACACUGCCCUGCCGACCCGAGCUGGCAGCUCAUCGACAACCCCAUCCCGCUCAGCGACUUCGAGGCCCACGUGAAAUGCAACCAGCGCUUCUUCGCCCACCAGCUGAGGCUGCUAAGUCACCACAACGGCCUCGUGGAGACAACAGACGGCACAGUGGACAUCUACAUCGGGUAUCGACCAGAAGACGAGAAUGGGAUCCAGUUCUACUACAACCUGAAGACCAGAGAAGAGAGGUCGAGGUGGAGAGGGAUCAAACUGGACAGGUUCGUCACGCAGCAGAGAAAGAAGGGCGCAGCCGUCUUCACUAUCACCCCUCCUGAGAAAGGCAAGUUCCUGUUUGAGCUCUUCUUUGGAUUGAAGGGACAAACUUACUUUCACUACGCCUGCGAGUACAUGAUCCUGUGCUCCCAGGCGUUGCCUUCGGAAGAAAACGACCCCGUACCUGCUUGGAAGGGCAUCUGGGGACCGGGUAAGAUGGUAGUGGAGAAAGGAAUGGUAGCCGUGUCCCACAAGUCUCCAUACGUGGAGUGCCCGAAUGGAAAAGCAGAGGUAGUCUUCUCCUCGCCCGGAAAGCACAACUUUCUCGCGAAGCUGUACGAGACGUCGAUGGACGAGACACACCUGAAGCGGUACGUGGCGCACGAGAUUAUCGACGACGAAGUCAAGUUUUACGUCAACUUACCGAAAGCGGGAAAGCACGGUCUUGGCAUCUUCACGCAAGACGGUAACGACGAGAAUGCGUACUCCCUGCUGUGUAACUACAUAACACAGUGCCAGGCGGACGAAUCUUCCAUCAACGAGCAGCCUUUCCCAGCAGUGCCAAGAGGUCGCUUCGGUCCGGUCCUUCCCGACUUCGAAGAGCUCGGUCUUUCCGCAACCGGCAGCGCGUUCGUGGAGUGUGAAACUGGAGAACUUCAGCUAAGUCUUAAAGGAAGUCACGCGCUGACGUACAGCCACGAGUUGUUCUGGGAGACGCUUAACGAGAAGGUGAACAUGAGCGAGUACGUUCAGAGGCAAGUCGUGGAUGGGAGCGUGGAAUUCCUCCUUCGUCUCCCCCGCAUUGGAAUGUAUCGCCUCGCCGUGUAUGCAAAUGAAGCAGGGCGUAAGGGCGCACCAAGAAACGUCUACAACUACUGUAUUAAUUGUACGGGGACGCAGCUAGACGUGAAGCCGUUUCCAGGAGCCAGCGCCACUUUUGCGGAACCAACGCUGAGCCACGAGGACGCAGAGGAACGCUUCAUCCAGUCAGAGCACGGCGACAUCAAAAUAGUCUUCGGCAAAGGAACCCCAAAAGGCAUCGAGCACAAACUCGUCUGUCUUCUGGACGGCGAGGAAGUAGACGUGUCUCCCUACGCCUUCAUCCAAGACAAUCCAGACAACGAAGAGGAAACCGUCGUGCACCUGCGACUCAAAGAAGCUGGGAAGUACAAGUUGUCGCUGUCCACUAAAGACCCAGACCAGGAAGGACGCACCGUGCUUUCCAGUUACGUGAUUCAGACCAUGAAGGGCAUGGAAGAAGACUGUACGGAGUUUCCGGAAAAGCUGCUCGGCUGGUGUAGCGACUACCAGAUGCACGAGCCGCUGUCCCGCUUCCUCAGGGCAAAGGAGACCUUCACGUUCAGGGGCUGCUUCCCUCGGGCGGCAGAAGUCGCGGUGAUGCUGCCGACGUCGGAGUGGAUCCAGCUGAAGAAAGGGGAGGGCGACGACUGGGAGGAAGUGGUGACGAUGCCGGGGAACAAGUACGCUGGGCAGUUGGUCACCGUCAACGUGCUCCCCGACACAGAAGACGGAGACUACACUGAGGUCUUGGGCUAUGUCGUGGAGAAAGGUGAAGACACGGGGCACGAGGAGGAUGACCAGGCCCCGCGUCUUGAAGCGGACGACACGGAGGAGGACCUGUUCGAGGGGCAGGUGGAGGAGUACCAGAUGGUCCUGAGGCAGCACCGCCGGACCAUCGCGGACCAGAUGAACCCGGAGAAGGUCAUCCCCAGGUUCGAGGAGAACCAUUUCAUCGACGAGGAGGAGGCCCUGGAGCUGACCGAGCAGCUGCCCACCAACCCGAACGAAGUCAACAAGCAGCUGCUCAACGUGGUGCAGAGAGAGGGCGAAGAUGCUUUCGUCACCCUUCGCGACGUCAUGAAAGAAACGGGACAGGACAAAGUCAUGGAAGUCAUCCAGGAUGUGGUGAUCGUGGUACCCGAAAAUAAAUUUGACAAGCUGCGGAAGAAACUUGCGGAGGCGAUACUCGCCAAGAACAAGGGAAGACUGGAGCAGAUCAUGGCGGAGUGCCGCGAACAGGGGAUGGAGGAGGACGACGACGUCUAUAAAGAGGCACAGAGAACCCUGGAGUUAAUUGAAGCCCGACAAGGUCUCAAAAAGGCAAUCAAAACAAGGCAAAGAGACCAGCUUCAAGCUGCUAUCAAAGCCGCCAAACCGUUCAAAAACGAACUCCGGAAGCAGCUGGUCGAAGCAGAGGACAUCCUGGACAAAAUCAAACGUCUGGAGAAGUUACGUCACGCCAUCAUGGCCAUGAACCAAGCGACCAUCGCGGAGAUCAAGACGUACAACAACCCUCCUCCCGCCGUCUACAAGGUCAUGAUGGCCACGUUCCUGCUGCUGGGCAACACCAUGGCACAGGUCAACGACUGGGUGUCCCUCCUCGCUCUCAUCGGUAAGACGGGAAAGCAGAGCCUGAAGCGGCGGGUGAAGAACUGCGAGCCGGCUAACAUCUCACCGGAGACCGCUACGGAGGCAAAGCUCUGUCUGGGAGACCUCAGUCUGGACGGGGUCCGGGACCAAAGUUCGGGAGCGGCCACCUUCUAUGUCUGGUCAGUGGGAACGAUCAGCGAAGUGGAAGAGAUGGCCCUGAACAAGCCGAAGGAAAACACGAAAGCCACCUCAUAAUCCACAUGCUCCACAUGCUACAUUUUUUAUCUGUUAAGGUAGCAUUUCAACCUCAUUUGUAUUACUGGGUUAAACGAGGCCCGACACAGUAACAUUUGGUUGUAUAAUAUACAAAAAUACCGUGUGUAUAGGAUAUGCACUAAAUAACUUACCCAAGAAAACGUACAUCAAACAUAUGAUACAAGACAAGUUUUUGUUCCUCUACAAUAAUGCUAUGAGUGGCUAUCUACACUGGUAAUAUGAAUCACUGACAAGAACCUGGACAUGAAGGUUUGUGUAACUCAAUUUUUGUCACACCUGGGCGAGGUUGUACAAUUGUACACUUUGCCCUAUUUGCUCUUGCCAAACGUGUGUGUAUGUACAAAGAGGCAUUGUUCUAACCACUGUUGCGUAAACACGGUUGCGUAAACUGUGCUUGUUUAUGAUAUGUACCUUCCAAAUAGAUAAUAUUCAGUUCAUUUCUAUGUAAGAUAAUGUAAUAUGUCACUGUAUAGAAAACCUAGUGUGAAAACCUAAGAUAUAAAAGAGGUAGUUAUCCUACAAAAAUGGUGUUCAUACGCAUGGCUCCCGCUGCUCAUAGGUAACAGAUUGUUAUUCAAGUGACCUGCUGUUCACUCAAUACGAAUAAAGGAGACUUUCAUUACGCUUA